UGAUACAUGUGUAUUUAAAAAGGCACUAAAAUGGUAUGCUGUGCAAAAUGGGUUUGAUUUCAAUGAUAGGGUGAGGGUGAGUGCAGUUUGUAAAGAGCAAGGUGAAGGUUGUGAAUGGAGGAUUCACGCAUCUUUGGAUGCAAAGAAAGAAUCAAUACAGAUAAAAACAUUCAGACCAGGCCAUCAAUGUGGGAAUCAGUAUGAGAAUACGAGGGCUGAUGUGCAGUUUCUUGCCACCAAGUAUAUGCCUGAUUUCAAGGAUGAUCCCACAUGGACCCCAUAUGCAUUGCAAUAAAGGGUGAAAAGGGAUCACAAUAUUGAUGUUCCUAUAGGCAGAUGCUGGAGAGCAAAAAAGGUUGCACUUAAGGCAAUCUAUGGUAGUCAUUCGGAGCAAUACCGCCAUGCAAAGAAGUAUUGUGAAGCCAUACUGAGGUCGAAUCCCAACAGUAGUGCAUAUGUGAAAAUAGAGGGAUCCUGCUUCCAGGUGUUGUAUAUAUGCUUAGAUGCAUGCAAGAAAGGUUUCAAGUAUGGCUGUAGGCCAGUUGUAUGCUUGGAUACUUGCCACCUUAAAGGGGAAGUAAGGGGCCAGUUGUUGUGUGCCAUUGGGAAGGAUGGGAAUGAUGAUAUGUUCCCCAUUGCAUAUGCGGUUGCAGAGGGUGAGACAAGGCCCUCUUGGGAGUGGUUUUUUAGACUUCUUAUUGAUGAUGUUUAUGUGGGAAGUGGGGAAGGUCGCGGGUGGACUGUUAUGUCUGAUCGACAGAAGGGGCUUGGUCCCGCAGUAGACCAUUUGUUGCCACAUGCUGAGCAUCGAUUUUGUGUGCGUCAUCUACAUGCAAACUUCAAGUCAAACGGAUACAAAGGGAAAGCAUUCAAGGAUCAGUUGUGGGGAGCUGCAAGAGCAUCAAAUGCAUUGCUAUUUCAGCAUCACAUGAAGGUGAUAGCAAGUAUGGAUGUUGGUGCCUAUAAGUAUCUUAAUGAUGUCGACCCUGCAUCAUGGUCUAGACAUGCCUUUUCUACACAUUCGAAGAGUGAUAUGCUUCUGAAAAACCUUGCGGAGACAUUCAAUUCAUGGAUCAAAGAGUCUAGGGACAAGCCGCUCUUGACGAUGCUGGAAAUGAUCCGGAGACAAUUGAUGACAAUAUUCCAGCAAAAAAAAGACGGAGUCUGAGCCGCUUCUCACAAAAUAUGUCCCAAAAUUCAGAAGAAGUUAGAAAGAUCCAAGGACGAAGCAAAGAACUGUAUAUGUAUAUGUAGAUGGCAGAAUGAGUUGGAGUUCGAGGUUGACCACAUGUUUGAUGCACGUCGAAUAAUGAAUUUGGCUCAAGGUACAUGCUUAUGUGGGAGAUGGCAACUCAAUGGUAUCCCUUGUGCACAUGCUUGUGCUGCCAUUUACAUGUACAAACAAAAGCCUAAGCAAUUUUUAGAUGGCUAUUACAUGAUGGAUAAGUACAUGCAGGCAUAUGAACCACAGGUACAUGUUAUGCCAGGGCCUGAAGAGUGGCCAGAUGUUGCUGCCUAUGAUGAAAUUUUGCUUCCAGUUGAUAGAGUUUAGCUUGGACGUCCAAGAAAAGCUAGGAGAAGGGCACCCGAUGAGCCCACUAACCCAUACAAGAUAAGCCGUAGUGGGUAUGUGGUCACAUGCGGCAACUGUGGGGGUAAGGGUCACAACUACAAGGGUUGCCAUCUACCCCUAAACUCUAACCGAAAGAGAUGGAACCCAAAGAAGAGGAAGAUUGCUGAAACUUCUUCAAAUGUAUCUCAAAAUGAAGCUACGUCAUCCCAACCUGUGCAAACCCGUGUUCAAAGGCUUAAGGGCAAGGCAAUGGCUACUCAAUGAACAUGUUGUUGUUGACUUUUUUUUUGUAAUGAUCUAAACAUUCGUGUCAGUUGGUAGAAUGGUUUGAUGAACAAUCGGUGUAUGGGAGGUUAUUUAGGUGAAUGUUGCUAUGUUGGAUAAACAAUGGAUAGUUUAUGUUGGUGGUAUCCACAAUAUUUUGUGAUAUUUUGUGGAUGUAGUUAGGUGAAUGUUGCUAUUUUGGACAAAUGGUCCUUGAGUUUAUGUUGGUGGUAUGAACAAUAUUUUGUGAUAUUCCA